CAAACUUGUAAAAUAUGUUUAGUAAUUUCGAGGAUUUCGUGAAUAUUAUGAGACUUGGCAACGCUUCGGGUUUGUUUAUAAUGCGCACCUCGACAAGUGCUGCCCUCCUUGUUAUUUACGGCGCUGAUCGAACCUCAUCCCAUUCUCCUCCAAGUGUCAGUCAGUGCUUUUGAAUGUGUCGAAUAGGAAACGGGACUCGGUGCAGAUUGAAUAUCGCCAAAAUCGCCUUGUUUAUUUAAUGUUUUUAACUGAAAAUCGGGGUUGAUUCGCGGACAUUCAGCUGCUGACGGUCUCCGAACGCACCAACACACACGCAUGAUUUCUAAGGUUGUUUUGGUGCUAGCAUCAUGUGGUAAUGUGUUUAAAGGGUGUGACAAAUCCGCAUGGCCUGCCGUCGCAGCCAAUACCACAAGCAGCACCAGCAGCAGUGGCAGCCAAGUCAACAUGGUCAAGACGUUCCAGGCCUAUUUACCUCAAUGCCAUCGCACGUAUUCGUGCAUCCAUUGCCGGGCUCAUUUAGCCAAUCACGAUGAACUCAUUUCUAAGUCGUUCCAAGGUAGCCAAGGUCGAGCUUAUCUAUUUAAUUCGGUCGUGAACGUAGGUUGCGGUCCCGCCGAAGAACGAGUCCUUCUAACGGGUCUCCAUGCAGUCGCCGAUAUUUACUGCGAAUGCUGCAAAACCACCUUAGGUUGGAAAUAUGAACACGCCUUCGAAUCUAGCCAGAAAUACAAGGAAGGCAAAUUCAUAAUCGAACUAGCUCACAUGAUCAAAGAGAAUGGCUGGGACUGACAGUACUAGAACGUCCCGACGCCGAACGACGCCGACGCCGGUUUCGCGUCUUCGAUUGAGAAAAGACAAACUGACGAUGUCUUACGGACUAUCAUUAACGUUGAACAAUAAUUUCAAUUUUUUGGACUGGACCUAGCUAGCUGGCCGGCCAAACGAAAAUUUAACGGACAAAAGACUAGCCCGGUUCGAACUAGUACAGAAAAAAAAAAUAAUCGAAAAAUAAAAUGAAACUCGUGUUUUUCGCUAUAAUAUCUCUCGUUUUAGAUAACAGUGGUGCGUAAACGUAUUUGAAUGUCGUGAAAUUAAUCAUGUAAUGACCGUUGUAAUCGCUUUUGAUAGUAAGGCACUCUCUAUUUCUUCAAUCUCGAGACAGUCUCUUCACCCACCCUUACAUCUCUAUCUCCACUUUUUAGGGAACAAUGUGCAAUGUGCAAUCGUUUAAGUUAUAUACGAAAACCUUAAAGCUCUUUACAAAGCAUUCUGUGUUAGAAAUGAAAACUGUAUCUGUGGUAACGCAUCUGAGAUAAAAUAAAAAAAAAAUUGUAUAAAAAAAAGAAUGUAUGCAUCUCCUAUCGCCGGAGCGAGGGUGUCUCGAACGUCUCGGGGCCCGUCUUAUCGAAUGUCCCAUCGCAUUGACUCGAUUUGUUAUUCGCUAAGGCGAGUCGAACGGGGGCCUCGUUCCGGCGACGGGACCUUUUUCAGUGCCGCGGGCAUUCGUCAAAUUAAGAGACUUUCUAAUACGCGGCAAAUCGGUAAUGCCGCGCGUAUAAAAAGAACUGACAUUAUAUUGUCAUGUAAUUUGGUUUUUUUUACUAUUUCUAUCAUUGGUUUUCGAGUUAAAAGCUUCGAUAACGAUGCACGCUGAUCGGGGAUGGCGAUUCAUCGAUUGAUCGAUUGUUCUGUUACCGAUCCGGCAUCUUUUAGCGCCGACUCGAUUAAAAAUAGUACAGGGUGUCCCGAGUAAGAACUGGCGCAAGCAGGGGAGUGUAGGAGGCUAAAAUUUGCUGUUUAAUACAGCUUAACUUAAUAGAAAGUUGCAUUUCAAACUUAAAACAGCUAAAUUUAGGAGAGAUCUUAAAAUAUUAUAUUUUGGGUUCAUCUACAAGCCCUUGAUUUGUCUCGGUUCUUAAGCAGGACACCCUGUAUAUUUUUUUUUCUUCGAAAAUAUGAUCUCAUCAAAUAUGCCAACAUAACGUUUACAUAUCAGAUUAAUUCGAUCAUUAUUGGUCUGAUGUGUAAAUUUCGUGUUAUUUUAUAUUUUCUUAUUUUUAUUUAGUUUAUGUUUGUCCUCUUAUCAGUUUUAUGAUGAGAAUAAUCGCUUUUGGAAUUAAAUGUGUAUUUUUAUCUUAUUGGAAGUUAACAAGUAUUGAUCGAAAUAGUAUAUCGCUCGCGGUGGAAUGAACGAUAACUUUACAGAAAUUAGUUAAUAACGUGUUCAAUGGUGGAGUUUCGUUCGUUCGCAUUGCAUAAAUAUCGUAGGAUGUGUAAAUGUUACUUGCUAUGCAUAUUAUUCAUAUUUCGGGGUAAAAACAUUCCGCAAUGGUCGUUUUGCCGUUUGUUUUUACAAUUAGAGGUGUUUUUUAUCAAUACUUUUAACAUGUAUCAAUAUUUAAUCUAUUUAGUAAUACUAUUUGAAUGUUCUUCGGAUAAUAAAAUGGUCAAUAAUAACUAUAAUCAUUGGGAAUUAUUGGACAUUGAAUUGUAAUCCUACUGUUUAGUAUCCAUUAUAAAGUCCCGUCUAAUAAUAAUAUCUUCUACGAAUUUAUUUGUGGUUUCUAGAUGGAUUAUAAUACACACAUACUAUUUUAAUUUUUGUGAUAGUUUAUUUGUGAUAAUUCGUUUUUAGUAAAAAAAUUGCAUAUUAAGAAAAUGGCUCAACUUGACAAGUCGUAUUUUUUGUGUGUAACAAGAAAGAGAUGGACAAAAAUAAUAUAUUUUGAAAUAGUCGAAAAGAGGCAAAAUUAUAUUUUUCUACUAAUGAACUGAGAAUGUUAUGUCGAAGAAGAGCUUUUAUUGGGUUUAUCGAUAGUACAUUUUGUAUUAAUAUUAUUUAUUAUUAACAGUUUUAUGUUAACUUUUUGUAUCAUAAGAGUCGCGAAAUGUUCUGUUCGAACGUAUCAUUUUUUGUGAUUCUUCGUUACGAAUAGUAUGUAAUAUGCAAUUUGUGGAAUAUUUAAAUUGUUAGUUUUUCUAUACAUUUAAAAUAUGUUUACUUUUAACUAUGAAAACCAAGUUUAGUGAGUAAGAUCAUGCGGUCAAACACACAUCGUUCUUCAUUCAUACUGCCAGUAGAUUAUAGAUGUUUGUCAUUAUUUACAACAAUCGACGUUUUCAUUUAACCGAAAUUUUUACUAAUUUCUCGAUAAAACGUUAGGUGAACGUCGAUUGAUCGAACCAUAUUCAUAUUCAUUGUAGCUCUUAAAAUGUAUUGAUUUCAGUUAGGUAAAAUACAUAGAUUAAUAGCUGUCCCACGUUACUGGAUUAUAUUAAUGAGUUUAAGACUUUUUUUGUUAAUAAAACUCAUGCGAAAUUUACAUAAUAAACGUAAGUAAACGAAUA